AUGGCCUCCAGAUUGGUGUUGGUCAUUGGUGACCUGUUCAUCCCAGAUCGUGCGUCGGAAAUCCCAGCAAAGUUCCGCAAACUCCUUGCUCCUGGCAAGAUCGGCCAAGUGGUCUGCCUGGGGAACCUUACAGACAAAGAGACGUACGACUUCCUGCGUCAGGUUGCUCCCGACCUGCACAUUGUCAAAGGCGAUUUCGAUACCGAAGCAUCCAACCUAGCUCUCUCAAAAGUUGUCCAGCAUGGAGGUCUCCGAAUUGGCUUUACACAUGGGCACACCAUCAUUCCGCAGGGUGACGCCGACGCUUUAUUGAUUGCCGCACGUCAAAUGGAUGUUGAUGUUCUCCUAUGGGGCGGUACACACAAAUUCGAAGCCUAUGAAUUAGAAGGAAAAUUCUUUGUCAAUCCGGGCAGCGCUACGGGUGCGUUCAGUACUAGCUGGUUGGCCAUUGACGAGGAACCUAACCCGAGCUUUUGCUUGUUGGACAUCCAAGGUGAUGUCCUUGUCUUAUACGUCUACCAAUUGAAGACCGAUGAAAAUGGAAACGAGAACGUUGCAGUGGAAAAAGUGUCUUUCAGAAAACCUGCACCUACAGAGGCGUGA